AUGGGAAUAGGACAAAAAGUGCUUGAAGAGCUGUCUAGCGGAAAUAGCUUUUACGACAGACUGAACAGACACACGGAUGAAAUAGAAGGGAUAGAAGAGCAGCUAGAAAUGGGAGUGAUGCCAUCGAUCUUCAGACUACACUCGAAAAGCUCAGCUAUAACUCCCAAGAGCCCGGAAGAGUAUUUAGAAAUUCUUUCUCUUAUAGACAUAAAGAAAGCACAGCCCAAGGUUCUUAAAGAAAUAGUAGAUAGAGUGCUAGGGUAUCCCACAUCCUACUACAGCGUGAAAAGAAAAGUAGUUGAAGAAGUAAGAAUCAGAAGCAUGGAGUACAUUCAUAAAAACAAAAAGCUAGAAUGCUCUCUGUUCAGGGCACACAUACAGAUACUCUCUCGCUGCACCAAUGCAUAUUUUGCAGACGUGAUUAAACCGAUUUGCGAAGAAGGAAUGACAAAUACUGUCUCUCUAAUAAUCAGCAGAGUGCUGAUGAAAAGCACGCCAGAAAGAGUUUAUAUGGAAGAGAUGCUCCUAAGCAUCCUUGCCCUGCAGAGAACACAUUCAGUGUACACGCUACUUACAGCAAUACUCAUAAAAAACAUCCAAUUUAAACAAGAAACAGUCGAUGUUGUGUACGAAUAUAUACUAGACGGGCCAGAGAUAGCAGAGCAAAGAUUCUUAGCAUGGAACAAAGUGGUGCUUAUAUUCAUAAGAAACUACAAGAAACAGGUGGAUCUCCAGCCAAUAAAAGAGAUGUACGCAGAGACGGUGUCUCCUAUAGAGAAAGAAAUAGAAAAAGAGCUAUUAAGUUAA